AUGUUGGCAAGAAUUCAGGGAUUUGCUACACGUACGGUUUCUAAAGCUCAAGGCUACGCUACAAAGUCUAUCUACUAUUCGAAAGUUGUGGGUGAGCUUUCCAAGCAAGUGUACCUCAAGGAAGGGCUACAACCUCCUUCAAUUGCCGACUUUCAAAGUGUCUACACAAAACUGUACAAACAGGCCGUAAGUGCAGCCCUGAAGCCCAAGCAAUCCUUAGGAUUCAUCAAAAACGUCCAGAAGGACGACGUGGUCAAGUACGGUGCCUACGGGAUUCAAUUGGCCGGCUUGUACUCGCUCGGUGAGGUCAUUGGAAGAAGAAAGGUUGUGGGCUACACCAACUACGGGGCUCACCACUGA